GGAAUUAUUUAUAAUCUUGAAUUUUCUAGAAUCUAAGCUAAAUUAAUAUAAAACUUAGAACACAUUAGAGGUAGUUAGGUAAUUCUAUUCCGAAACUGAACUGCAAGCGGAAGCACAGAAAAUCAUAAUGACCGACCCGGAGCCCAUCCAGGCCGAAACACACCGCCCCUUUGUGCUAAUCGUCUGUCACUCCUUAACGGGACAUCUCUCCCCCUUGAUACGCAUAGCUACAGCCCUUCACGCGUUAGGCUGGGAGACCUUCUUCCUGGGACCGACCGCGCACCGCCGAGGUAUAGAAGCGGCCGGCGCCGUCUUUCUGCCUUUACGGGAAGAUGCCGACCUCGACGAUAAGGCGUACUAUGAAAACCCGCCUUCUCCCGGAUACGCAGCACUGCACUGGGCUGACCGCGUGCUGGUUGAUCUGCGCAGGCAGUGUCUCGAUCCUCUUCCUACGCAAUGGUCCUGCUUCGUGGACGCCCUGAGAGUGUUACGGACUCGCGAUCCGGGGCGCAAGAUUAUCUUAUUAGCCGAGGCAUUCUUCUAUGGCACCUUACCGCUGUUCUAUGGCGCAUCACUUCCCCAUGAUUUGAGAUUGGAAGAGAUUCUAUUAGGAUCAUUGUGCGUCUCGGUGACUAUACCCGCGAUCCGUAGUGUCGACUUACCGCCUGCUGGGUAUCCCUUCCCCUUCGACUCGUCACCAGAUGGCCGCGUGCGUAACGCAGAUCUCUGGGAAAGGAGUUGGGAGCGCAAAGCUAGCUACCUAACUGCACUCCUGGUUACUAAGAUGCGCGAGGCGGGUGCUAAUCCCCCUGUUGACGAGAUAUUCCUCUCAGGCGCAAAUUAUCUGUGUCAUGAUACUAUCCUACAGCUCGGCGUCCCUGGGUUUGAAUAUCCACGCAGUGACUGGCCUCCUGGCUUCAAGUUUGCGGGGCUAGUACAAGGCCCGCCACCGAGCAGCAAAUCCGGAACGCAACCUUCUUCUCAUACUCCUGCUCGUAAUAGCAAAAUUCCUAACUUCCCUUGGUGGUCUGAACUCACAUCCAAUACCGCCCUUUCUACCCUUCUACCCUCAGACCCGCGCCGCGCCGCAAAAAAGAAGGUUAUCGUCGUCGCGCAAGGUACCAUAGAGAUCAACCCCUACGAUCUGAUCGUACCUACACUGCAUGCCUUCGCCAACCGGUCGGACGUGCUGGUUGUUGCCAUACUCGGCUGGAAGGAUGCCAAUCUAUCUAGCUACGGUGUCGAUAUUGAGAUUCCGCCUAACGCUCGUAUUGCCGACUACCUUUCGUACGAUGCGGCACUGGCCCACGCUGACGUAUGGGUACAUAACGCGGGGUUCGGCGCUGUGAACCACGGUAUUGCGAACGGGGUCCCUAUGGUAGUCGCGGGCGAAGGAAUGGAUAAAACGGAAAACUCGCGACGAGUGGCCUGGUCCGGGAUCGGAGUCGACCUCGGCUGCGCGAAACCAUCAGUUGAGCAGGUUAGAGGAGGCGUUGAACGCGUGCUAGAAGAUGAACGGUUUACAAAAUGCGUGCGGGAGCUACGGAAACAGAGCCAGGAGAUAGACUGCUUCGGCAUGGUUCACAGUGAACUAGUUAGGAUAAUGAAAACACGGCCUGGCAUUAAGCAACGGAGUCUAGAGUCUGAAUGAAAAGGGUUCGCAUUUACUACCUGCUGCCAAAUUUUGGCCCGUGUCCACGUGCAGAAUGGUAUCAGAUCAAUCAAGUUGCUUCCUGUAAACACUUCCAUCGAUGAUUAACUUCCUAGCACCCUCCUAUUUAGAGAAUACAGUCCAUGGGAAGCCAUCUCAACCCUCCUUCCAGUAUCUCUACAUACU